AUGGCGCAAAGGGAAAACGAAGGCUUCAUGAGCAAAUACGAUGACCUCUACGGUCGUCGAAAAGGCGUCAGGGGCAAGUUGUUUAGAGACCUGUUCGCGGCGGCCGUCGCGGCGACGUUGGUCGCGCCCUCGGUGACGCUCAUCGACAGGCAAGUACUUCGGCAGCACUUUGAGCUCCGCUGGACUCAGCCAUUAGGCCUCGCCGCCCUGGAGCGACCAGGAACACUCUUCCUCGCCCGCCCCUUCACCUCCGUCUGGACCCUCUACGCCGCGACGUACGCGAUGGCCAACAGUGCCGACACAGUGAUGCGGGACUUCGGCCUCGCCGCAGCCGGUACCGUCACGUUUAUCUCCACCCUCGCGGUUAACAUCCCGCUCGGCAUACGAAAGGAUCUGCGGUUCGCGCAGUGCUACGGGAGCGCUGCCGAACUCGCAGCAAAGAGCACUAUCAAGCAGGGGACCCGCCGCCCCGCAAUCCCAAAAGCGGCCAUGCCGACGUUCCUGAUUCGCGACACCCUGGCCAUCUUCGGGUCGUUUGUGGUGCCGCCGCGGGUCGCCAGCGCCAUUCCCGACGAGCUGGCGGGCCCGCACGCCAAGGCUACUCUCACGCAGAUGACGGUGCCCGUCGUGUCGCAGAUGGUAGCGACUCCGGUGCGCCUGCUCAGCCUGAGUCUGUACGACUGA